CUAGCAACCGGAGACCACUACAUUUAACACCAACCGUCGUGGGUGUUGCGGACCGACCUGAGCCAGCAGAGAGGGCCCGCCUGCCAGCUCAGCGAUACCGCACCAACAGGCCGGGCCGUGCCCCGUCUCUAUCCUUCCCUGACUAUCCCGAACCAAACUCUUUCCCGAAGACCCGAGAGCGGAGCGGGGGAAAAAAACCGCCUGGGCUCAGGCCCCGCCCCACUCGACCGACUCCUCUGUCGUCACUUCCUCUCAACGUCUCCUAGCAACCGCCUGUAGUUGACACACUGAAGGUGGAAGCUUCUGAACUGGACAGAUCUUCCAGGCUGGCCUCCGGCGAUGGCAGAAGUUGAGGAAACUCUAAAGAGAAUUCAGAACCAUAAAGGAGUUAUUGGAACAAUGGUUGUUAAUGCUGAAGGUAUUCCCAUAAGAACAACCUUAGAUAAUUCUACAACAGUUCAAUAUGCAGGACUUCUUCAUCAGUUGACUAUGAAAGCCAAGAGUACAGUGCGAGAUAUUGAUCCUCAGAAUGACCUAACUUUUCUUAGAAUCAGAUCUAAGAAGCAUGAAGUCAUGGUAGCUCCAGAUAAAGAAUAUCUUCUGAUUGUCAUUCAGAACCCAACUGAAUAAACCUGAGAUAGUAAAUUUAAAAAUAAUGAACUUACACUGCUUUUAACAAAUUCCUUUUUCAUAAAAUGUAUUUCCUUCUUUAUUGAUAUUUAGUACACUUUGCUGUUUUUAUAUUAAAUCUAUUUCUACUUAUUCCAUUUAUAUUCUUUUGAUUAUACUUUAAAGUGUUCAUUACCAAUAUAAUGCACUCAUCAGAUAUCUGGUAUGUCUUUUCAUAAAUGUAACACAAUAAAAUUAAUAUAUAGAACA